CAACUCCACGUGGUUUUGUUUUUCUCUCAGCAAUCAAAUCUCAAGGUCCAUAACUCUUCGAUUUCUAUUGGUUCUCAUCGCAACUGUUGUCUUCCGGAUGAAAUUUUGGGGUUUAAUCCUCUCGGCUCUGUCUCGACCUGUUCCAUUUGAGAAUUAGGGAUUGAAAUCCCGUUCCUUAAAUCCAGCAAAGUGGUACAAACCUGAGGAUGGAUUCAGAGGUUGCCCCAGUAGUAGACGAGGCCUGCCAAUUGUCAGAGUCAGCAGCAGAAGAAGAGUCCCAUCCAAGCAAAAAGAAUCGGGGAAGAAUUCCAAAACGAAUUCACAAGUCUGAAAGGGAGAAAAUGAAGCGUGAGCAGUUGAAUGAACUCUUCCUUGCACUGGCUGAUGCACUUGGAUUGUCACAGCAGAGCAAUGGAAAGGCAUGUGUACUCGGGGAAACAACUCGACUAUUGAAGGAGAUGCAUACCCAGAUUGAGAGCCUCAAAAGAGACCACAAAGCAUUGUUUUCUGAAUCUCAAUAUGUGACUGUUGAGAGGGAUGAGCUACGGGAUGAAAAUUCUGCAUUAGAAGCUCAGAUUAGAAAACUGCAAACAGAGAUAGAAGAGAGAAUGGUGCACUCUAAGCCCGACUUGAACGCACCUCCCCUUGAAGAUUUGACUACACAUCUUUCGACGGAACCCGUGUUACAGCAAGCGCCAUAUGUCAAUCCCAUUUUUGUCAUCCCGUUUUGUCCUGAUCCACAUGCGUCCAAGCCUCCGGCAAACGUGAGUAAACCACAAGCUAGGUAUCCCACCUUGUCUGAUUCAUGGCCGGCCCAGCUUCUAGGAAAGCAACCAGACUCAUAGAAGCAGUUCAAGUAGUGGAGAGUUAGGCCUUUUGGUAAUAGGCAAUGCUGUAAACAUUGUUGAAGUUUAAUCCGUCUGCGUUUUUAACUCUCAGCUUAAUCCCCCUGUGAAUACUAAGUUGGAAGAAUGUACAUUAGACUUUGUUGGUAUAUUUCGAGAGUUUUCAUGUUUAUUUUGCA